AAAUAAUAAUAAUAAAAAAAAAAAAAAUCUACUCAAACUUAACUCANAAAAUCAACUGAAAAAAAAAAAAAGAAGAAAAUGGCGAGCAUUAGAGUUCCGGAGGUGAUCCCAUCUCCAGCUGAAGAUUCCGAAAAACUCAAUAGAGCUUUCCAAGGACUGGGAACAGAUGAAAAGGCGAUUAUAUGUAUUCUGGGGCGUAGAAAUGAAAGCCAGAGGAAAAUGAUUAGAGAAACUUAUCAACAGCUUUACAAUAAGUCCCUUGUUGAUUCCCUCUUUGAUGAAUUGUCCGGUGAUUUCAGGAAAGCGGUGAUAUUGUGGACAUAUGAUCCAGCCGAAAGAGACGCGAGGCUCGCGAAUGAGUCACUAAAUUCAAAGAGAAAAAGCAUUACACAGUUACAAGUGAUAGUCGAGAUAGCAUGUGCCACUUCACCUCAUCAUCUGGUGUCCGUAAGGCAAGCAUAUUGCUCUCUCUUUGGCUCCUCACUUGAAGAAGACAUCAUAUCCAAUGUCUCUCUUCCUGUUCAAAAGAUAUUGGUUAGCUUGGUGAGAUCCUACAGAUAUGAUAAAGAGUUGGUGGAUUCUAAUGUAGCCAAUAUCGAGGCAGCUAAACUACACGAAGCGAUUGAAGCCAAGAAACUCGAUGAUGAUGAGCUCGUGCGUGUACUAAGUACAAGGAAUAUUUAUCAGCUCAGAGAGACUUUCAAGUUUUAUAAGGAUAAUUAUGGGAAAUCCAUAGAUCAGGACAUUGUGGCUUGUGGGAAGGGCAUUUUGGAGACUAUUAUGAAAGUGGUGAUUUGGUGCUUAGACAUCCCAGAGAAACACUUUGCAGAGGUUAUUAGAGCUUCGAUUGUGGGUCUGGGUACAGAUGAAGAUUCAUUGACACGAGUUGUCGUGACUCGAGCUGAAAUCGACAUGAUGAAAAUCAGGGGAGAGUAUUUUAAGGCCAACAAAUCGAGCAUGGACAAUGCGAUUAUCGGGGACACUUCAGGGGACUACAAGGACUUCCUCAUGACUUUGCUUGGAUCAAACAUUUGAUCUGUUUGUUUUAUCUUGGAUGAUUUGUGUUCUUUGUUGAGUUGGAUGUGUUUUAAAGCAGAUUUACUACAAAAAGAAAAAAAUAAUAAUUAUAAAGAUGGAGUCGGAAUGGAAGCUGAAGAUAAUAACAAAUAAACGUUCUACGUACAUAACCGCUCCUUGUUUCACAUCUCCAUCAGGAGUAUCUGCACUUCCUCUGUCCAGAUACUUGUACACAUCUAUUUUCUUGUAGGAUCAAUUUUGUGGGAUGUAAGAAAAUAAUUGUCUUUUUCGUAUGCCUUGUUCUUUAGUCAAGUGAACAAUGUGUUGUGAGUUUCAGGCAUGUACGAACAAUUAAGUGGACUAUGAUAUGACUAUCUAGUUCAAUCAACAUACAACCAUGUAUGCAUAAAAUCAUAAUAACAUGAUACUCGAUUGUGAACAUUAAUCUCAUGUGAAUAAACUAGUAUAACACUUGUGAUUAC